UAUGCCUUUUGCCAAUUUCCUAUCAACUUCCAGGGUUUUCUCUUCUCUCUUAUAUUUGAAUUUUUGUCCUUUAAAUAAUUUUAUUUUUAACAUUGUUUUCCUUCUUUUUUUGUCUUUUCCUUUCUUAACCGAUUCUUUUUAUUUAGCCAGCCGUCUAGAGGAGCGCGAAGCGGAUCAAAAAAUGGAAUAUGACAAACUACAUGAGCGUUAUAAUGAACUCUUACGUACUCACAUUGAUCAUGUUGAACGUACAAAGUUUUUAAUGGGAACAGAAAUGUUUGAUAUGGCUAAUUCUUUACCUGUUGCUUCCAAAAAUAACAAGUUUGUUUUUUUUAGUUUCGAUUAUUAG